AUCCCCUAUCGCAGAAACACCAAGUUCACUGGCCGCAAAAACCUGAUUGAGUUGAUGAGGAGGUUUUGCGGGCAUAACGAUCAUACGCGGAUCGCACUUCAUGGACUCGGCGGUUCUGG